UGAUAAACAUUCCUGACUUGUGUUGGAACCGCAGUGCACGGUAUGCUGCAGUCUUGACUGAUUUGCAAGGAUAAAUUGUACAGCGACGUGUUAAGAAAAAGGCCACCACAUACAUAUAAGUAACAGAGCCAUGUUUCAGGUAUGGGAAAAUGAGCAGGCCACGGUGCUUGGAGAGCUGAAGGAUAAGCAGUUGGUGUUGCUGGAGACGCAAGAUGCGAUUCUCCCGGUCACUGUGCUUUAAUUGGAACUUAAACACUAAUGGAGGCCCCACCAACAAGAUAGUUCACUUUGAGCUUGUCACGCUUUCAGUCAACUGUGGUGGGCAGUAGCAACAACAUGGAAAAGAAGGGCCUUGAGGAAGCUCUAGCUUACUUGAUCAGCAAGGGGUUGGAGAUCGACAUGCUAAUCACCGAUACGCAUACGGGUGUAAAAGCCUUUUUAAAACACAACGAUUAAGAAGAAAAUUUGUGAGGCUGCGAAACAGAAGCGUUGCAAGGAGCUUGGCCUGUGGUGCCAGUCUGUGGUACGCCACCUCUAUUGGUGCGCUACAACCAGUGACGAAAAUGGUGACGUUAUCCUCGCAAAGUGGACAUCCCUCAUGAGGCAUGUGGCCAACAUCCACGUCCACCCAAACCCUCUUCACCCAGCCUGCUUUCACGGCGAUCUUGGUGAGAGACUUUGGCUGCAAGAAGGUUCUGAAAAUUUCUGCAAGUUGCGGGAGAUGAUUAUGGCGAAAUCAUUGACAGCUGACCUUCCACAAGUGUCACCACGGGAACAAACAUAUGGUCUGGAGGCUUUCCAUAGCCUCCUCAUUCAUUUUGCCCCCAAAUCCACGGCAUUCUCCUAUGAUGGCAUGAUGGCAAGGAUACGCAUCGCGGCUUUCCAUUAUAAUUUCAAUGAUGAGCGUAUUGUUUUGAAGAAUGACGAUGGCUCGGACAGGUGCACCUUGAAACCAUCUAAGCAAGCAAAGCGGAGGGGGGGGGGUUCCACUGAAGGAGUGCGGCUCAUACGGCUACAUUAUAGGCUGUUCACCGAGCUCUUCAAAUGUUUGGAGCAGUGGCCUUCCUACAAAGAAGCUACGUUGGCCAAUACAACCACAACCAAGCCGUCAUUGUGCGGCACAUACGGCAUUAAGCCAACUCUGCAGGAUGCUACAGCUGUGCAUCAUUCCCGCUUCAGAAACAGCAGCAUUGCAAGCACACAGUGACCAGUCCCUUGCUGGAGUACAGGCAAAAUAUCUCCAAAUCAGACUGUCUGCACGUGGAGGGUAGACGGUGCAUAUUUUACGAGCCUAAACGUCCACUCUCCAGUUAUUACCUUUUCAAACAUUGCUCUCAGCGAAAAAGCCUUACCCCAGAGAAGAUGCAGAUCAUGCUCUUUCUUUCAUAGAGUGUACAGCUUUAAGCGGAGCUAGUAAUAUCAGUCGGGGUGACCAGGUCUCGUUCUUGAGCAAGAUUACAGCCACGUUAGCUGCCUUUGGUGAACAAUCAUUGAUUUGGACAAAACUGUUGGUUGAGACCGCAUCAAUGGUACCAGAGCUCGAGGUAACUUGUUACUGUAACUAAGUUCCAUUUUUUGGUAACUCGGUAACUUAAUUCAGUGCUUUUGUGCCAGGAUAACUUUCAGAGGAACUCAUUUCUUUUUCGGGUAACUUUACCAAAGUAUCUUAAGCUAUGUUCCAAGUUACUUUUAAUUCACUUUUCACUCAUGUCCAUAUAUUUUCCAUGGCAUUUUAUGCCAUAAUAUGUGAUAUUCAAUCAAGUUCUU